GAUGGAUAGAACAGAUCCCGAGAUUCCGAAAAACGCUGGUUCAGGACUCCAUCUUGAGGAUAAAUUGGAAGGUGAUGAUAAUCAGUCGGCCAGACGCAGCACAGUUGAACACUUGAGAGAAACGAUGGAUCAGUUCCAGCAAUGCAAAGUGGAAGCGGCCACAGAGUCUUUGCAAGCUGCGUAUAAGCACUUCCUGAAUCUAACCCCAGAUAGCUUCGGAAACCCGACUAAUUACGAGAAGGAGCAGAUGGAUCGGGGUAGAGAGAUGUGUUUGAGUAAUUGCUCCGCUCCUCCUUUCUUUUGUGCUGUUUUGUUAAACCCCGAGCUGCCCAUAGAUAACGAGGACCAUUUUUAUGCCAGCUUUACUACUGUCUUUGGUGCUGUUGCACUCAAGCUGCAUAAAUAUAAAAUAGCUAUAGACUUAUUUCGGCGAUGUCAUUCUCUUUUCACAUCUGAUGUCGCGCCAUGUCCUGGAAACAACAUUCAAGUUAUCGAUACUUUAAAAGCAGUAGCCAAGGCGAAUGUAGGCUGUGUUUAUCUGAUUAUGAGAGUUAUGGAGAAGGCUAAGGAUUAUCUAGAAUGUGCGCUGGAGAUUUUAGAAACAUUUAAAAACAAAAACAAAACUUACCUUACAGAAAUAAGCGUUGUUGUUAUACAAUCCAACUUAAGCCUAGCUUACCAGUAUCAAAAGAACUACCCUGCUGCAGUGAAGUUGCAAGAGCGUCUUCUUCUGAAGGCCAAAGACCCCAUUAUUCCCCCACAUUUGGUAGCUGCCAUAUAUUACAACAGAGCAGAGUUGUUCAUAGAGCUCAAAGAGCCUGUCAAAGCACUCAUGGAGCUGAGGACAUUGGGGUCACUAUCUGAGAGGAUGAACGAUGAAGGAGGAAUGUUCUCAAAAUUUAUAUCUUCUAAAAUUUGUUUGGUGUAUCAAAAUAUUGGAGAUGUGGCUCGAGCAGAGAAAAUAGCGGAGCGCUUGGCUUUCCCUUCUCUUUCCCCUCAAUCGCUAUCAACACCACUAUCGCCUUCCUCACAAUCGUUUACAGCAGCAUCAGGGUCAGGGUUAGGGUCAUCAUCAUCAUCAUCAUCUUUAUCAGUUUCAUCCUCGUCAUCAUCAUGUUCGUCACCAACAUUGUCAUCUUCAUCGUCUGCUUUGUCACCGAUGUCUUCAUUUUCGUUUUUCUUUCCCGAUUUUGAAGUUGUCCUCGGAUGUAAUGGAAAAUUCAACUGGGACUUCUUCUUCGCAAUGAUUUUGAAUUUAGUCGAUUUUCACUUGAACGAAAAAAACUUAGACUUUGCAUCUUUCCUCGACGUUUUUGUACCAUAUUGCAAAGAAUUGCUCGGGAAAAACCACCCAACACAUGCAUCGUUUCUCUAUAAGCAAGGUGUUAGAUUUUUUCUGAUGGAACAAAACCUGUCAUCAAAAAAUUGCUUUGAAGAAGCAUUACAUAUUUUGAAAAGUUUUGACUACGGUUCAGAUCACCCGGAUUUAGUGCAAUGUAACAUCGCCCUUGCAAAGUUAUUAUUGUGCGAAGACUUUCAAGAGGUUCCUCAGUUGAAGUCGCGCCCUGACCGAAGCUGGCGAGAAUUUCCUUGCGACGCAGCAGAUGGAGUUGUGAACCCUGAUAUUCCAUCAUUUAGAGGAGGUAUCAACAAGUGGGACAGCAACGAAGAAUUAGACGAACCAGGUAAACUUUCUGGUCAAGAACAUCGUAAAGGCAAUCAUUGCUAUCGAGAUAAAAAUCCAUCCCAAAAGGAUAAAAACAGAGGAAUCAGCAUCUCACAAAAGAUAAUGAAGACACCAAACGAAGUCAGCGAUGGAGGGAAUGUCGAUUUAAAAACUUCUUUUCAUGGAGGAGAUGUGGUUGUAGACAGCGGUGAAAACCGCGAUGUAGUUCCUACAAAUGGGGCUUACGGCUUUGAAAAGGAUUGGAAUACCCAAGCUGUUGCCCCUCCAAAAACACCAGGAGAUUCCCAUGAGAGUAAUUCGAAAACAAAAAUAUCUCUUAGUUUGAAAGGCGGACGCCGAAGCGAUCUUCCGUCAGGCCACAGUUCACAAAGGGAUCUGAAUGAGGAUGACUUUGGAACAAAUCACAUCGGAAUAGAUCCCAGUUUUCUCGCACGUCAUUCUUAUGAGUGCAAUGCAUCUGAUGAGCAAAGGGGUUCUUGCGGUCCAUUUGAAGACUUAGAAGUACCUGCAGGUACCCACGCCGAGUACAACAGAUCUGGGCGUAUGCCUGAAUUGUACCACCCUUCUGCCCCAAGUUCAUCGACAUUUCCUGAAUGUCGUGAUUUUACAAAAUUCGAUGCAGGAGAUCAGUCUGCCUACCCUAGCAUCAUGGGAUCUCCUCCGCAAAUAUACUCAAGUCGUGAUGGUUAUCAACUGCAAGAGUCAUCCCUUAACUUAGUCCUAAUGCCCAAAAUUGUUUCAGCGAAGAAGUUAAGACUGCCUCAAUCUUCAAGUUUCCUCCAAGAUGGAUCUAAAGCAAAUCUCCCGUUGAAAGUCAAAGAGUUUCCCACUGGUAAUGUACGGGCAAGAAAUCCGCCAAAUAUCUUCACAAAUGGAUAUGUGCUCACCGAAAGGCCGACGUUAUCAUCGCAGUUCGAAAGAAGAGAUGACGCUCCAGAAUUUCUUCCGGACAGGGAAAGUGCAGGAGCUGAUCAGGGUCUGUUAAACAGUAAUCCAAACACAUCUGCUGACGAGUCGUUGGCCGUACUCGAGCAACGUGUGGCUGAAGCUUGCUGUCUUGUCGAGAGAACUUUGAAAGAAAGACAAGAAAGAGAGAAAGCAAUGAAAGAAACUGAGCAAAAAAGAAAAGAAAAGCGGGCAAGGAAAGAACAACUUGCACGUGAAAGAAAAGAAUGGGAAACGAGAGAAGCGAGAGAAAAGGAACUUAUGAAUGAAAGAGUAGAAGGGAACUCCACGAGCGGUGGACAAGAAACACCUUCGCAAGACUCGGCUAGUGCUGGGGUUCGACAAUGGCUGUGUGAACAUUAUCAGCGGCUCUGCCGUGUCAAGUUCUCAUGCUGCGGAAAGUUCUUUCCUUGUCAUCGUUGUCAUAACAACUCUGGGUGUCCAAAUGACAAUUCCAAAGCAAGAGAGGCGUGUUCUGUUGAGUGCUCUGUUUGUAGCCAUCAACAAGAGAUCAACCAGGACGCCCACACCUGUGUCAGAUGCAAAACAAGGUUCUCAGCAUAUUUCUGCUCGGUGUGUAAACACUUCACAGGGGAGGAUAAAGCUCCUUAUCACUGCGAAAAAUGUGGUAUCUGCCGAAUCUACAAGGACCGCUCCUUCCACUGUGAUGUGUGUAACGUCUGUCUGGACAAACGGCUGGAGGGAAGACAUUCUUGCCGAGCAAAUUCAGGACACGAUGAGUGCUGCAUCUGUUUAGAGGACGCUUUCAGCGGUUGUCAGAUCCUGCCAUGCUCACACAAGGUUCACCGAGAGUGUGCCAUUGCUAUGAUACAGAACGGCGUUCGCAGCUGCCCAAUUUGUCGCCAUCCUUUGUACAGUCAGACAGGAAUGAAUGAAUAACAACCUCGACUCCAGUCCUCAGAAUUCCAAGAAAAGGCAAAUUGUUUCUAAUUGAGAUGUUCUACUAAGUGUCUUGAUGGACGUUUUCAUUCUUUAUUGUAGAAUUGAACUGUUUAUCCCUAGGAAUGACUGGCUCCUAACUUGUCCUCAGGGUAUCACCCUAGAAUCAAAUGGUAAAUGUAACGAAAAUAAAGGCAAUGAUCAUUAAUUUAGGAAGCUCCUGAUUGUCAAACAAACUCUCAUUGUUAGUACCAGAGGAAAUAUAAAGAGAACAGUGUAUAUU